AUGACCACCCCCUCGCGUGAAGACUCUGUGUACCUUGCCAAGCUGGCCGAGCAGGCCGAGCGCUACGAGGAGAUGGUUGAGAACAUGAAGCGUGUUGCUUCGUCCAACCAGGAGCUUACUGUUGAAGAGCGCAACCUCCUCUCGGUUGCUUACAAGAACGUGAUCGGUGCGCGCCGUGCGUCGUGGCGCAUCGUCUCGUCGAUUGAGCAGAAGGAGGAGUCAAAGGGCAACGAGAGCCAGGUUUCGAUGAUCAAGGUCUACCGCGAGAAGAUCGAGUCGGAGCUUGCCCAGAUCUGCGAGGACAUUCUCAAGGUGCUUGACACUCACCUUAUCCCGUCGGCUGCCUCCGGUGAGAGCAAGGUGUUCUACCACAAGAUGAAGGGUGACUACCACCGCUACCUCGCUGAGUUUGCCACCGGUGAGAAGCGCAAGGAGUCGGCUGACAAGUCGCUCGAGUCGUACAAGGCUGCCUCGGAGGUGGCUGUGACUGAGCUCCCGCCGACGCACCCGAUCCGCCUCGGUUUGGCCCUCAACUUCUCGGUGUUCUACUACGAAAUCCUUAACUCGCCCGACCGUGCAUGCCACCUCGCAAAGCAGGCCUUUGACGAUGCGAUUGCUGAGCUGGAUACCCUGUCGGAGGAGAGCUACAAGGACUCGACCCUUAUUAUGCAGCUUCUGCGUGACAACCUCACUCUCUGGACUAGCGACAUGCAGGACACUGAGAAGCCUGCUGACAGUGCUGCUCAGGGUGAGGCUGCUGCGCCGGCGCCAGCCGAGGCCAAGGGUGAGGAGGCUGCUUAA